AUGUAGAUUUUAAUAGGUGAUAAUUACUCAUAACCAAGUAAUUAUCGACUAUAUUAAGUAAUUACCUAGUCAACUGACACAGCGGGCAAUGAUAAAUAGCUAGCAGUGACGAUGUUGGUGACUACUCGCUAAUAAUGUGAUGAUACUGUGGUUUGUUGCCUUGCUACUCGCAAUACUAGUUAGUAACGCAUUAGUUACUUUGCUACAUUUGAAGCUGGUACCUUAACUACAUGCAACAUAUUUGACAUUUGACAUCACCCUAAGUGGACCUCAAAGGUCACUACGUUGGCGUUAAUAUGUUGCCAUGCCUGUAAUGAUGUAAUGCCGUGAACUUGAGAAAGGGUUAGUGGCCUGUCUUGGAGCAACGAACACCUUAGGUCAGCAAAUCAUUGUUCUUGUAUUUCACAAGAGUAUUACAGUGGAUUUCAGAAAACAUUACAAUACUGGUGUGACCUUUUACAGGAUAAACAUAGGUACAGCUAGCUUUGACUGCAAACGUAGAUAGAUAUCAGCUAAUUUUGAGUGUUACAUUUUUACAGAAAUGUGAGUUUUAUUGAAACUCAUUAGGGCUCUGAAAGAAGUGUUUCUCAGGAGGAAAAAGGAAAAUAUUUUAACACAUUCAACCCCUCCCAGAUGGUAGAGUCAUUAGAGAUAGUAGACUUUCCUUUGUUGACAAACUUGUUUUUGCAAAGCCCAAGUGAGUUUUGAUGUGUAACUAGUCUAAACUAGGUACAGUCCCAUUUUCAACUGAAUCUGCAUCCGGGCAAUGUGACUGCCCUACACACUGCUUUAAAAGCCAAUCCGUGGAGAAUCGUGGACGACUGUGGGGGGGCCUUCACCAUGGGGGCCAUUGGAGGAGGGAUCUUCCAGGCAGUGAAGGGCUUUAGAAAUUCACCUUCAGGGAUGAACCACCGCCUGAAAGGAAGCAUGACAGCCAUCAAGACCAGAGCUCCUCAGCUGGGUGGUAGCUUUGCUGUUUGGGGAGGCCUCUUCUCCAUGAUUGACUGUGGGUUGGUCAAGGUACGGGGAAAAGAGGAUCCCUGGAACUCCAUUACAAGCGGAGCCAUGACUGGAGCCAUCCUGGCAGCGAGAAAUGGACCAGUGGCCAUGGUUGGCUCUGCCGCAAUGGGAGGUAUACUACUGGCAUUGAUAGAGGGUGCUGGAAUUCUUCUCACUAGAUUUGCUUCAUCACAAUUCCCAACUGGUCCCCAGUUUGCUGAGGAACCAGCCCCCAUGCCUGCCCCCUCCUAUGGAGGAGACUACAGACAGUACCAGUGAGAGGUUCCUCUCACCUUCUAGGCCUUUUUUGAAUUCCUUGCUGAAGUUACACUGAGGAAAUGGAGGAAAAGUCUACUCAAUAGGCAAUUACAAUUGCAUCUAACAAUAUGGACUGGGUUAGACGACUUAACGUCAAAUCCAAAUCUUUCCCAGGGCGAAUAUACAGUUUUGCUUUUUACCAUUCUCAGCGUUGUCAGUUGUGCGUAGUUCACCCUAAAUUGGUUAAAAUAUCUGAGCUGAAGACAGGAAAAAUGUAUCUUGUGGGUUUAUACAAUCAUACUUGAAUAUAGUCCCUGCAAGUGUGGCGAACUGAUGCUGAGUCGAGCGGCUAUGUCAGUGUACAUUGUAUGAUUUUUUUCAUGUGUAUAUAAAGGCUUUCCUGCAUGUAUUUGAUA